GCUAGUUAGGUCUUGUGUGCAACCGCCGCAGCAACAAGCAGCCCUUGGCCGCCGCCUCGACGCAUCAGCUCAGCUCCACGGUCGCCGGUGGCUAUAAAUGGCGGACUUGCGCGUAUGUGGGUCGAGCGACCUUGAAGACAAUUUUUGCCGUUACAAGAGGAAAGAUGAGGUCGAAUUGCUUCUCUCCAAGAUCUGCGCCCGGGCGAAGCAGCAGCUGGAUCUGGAUAUGGGCAGCAACGCCAACGCCGCCUCUUGCUCCUGCCUGGGUCUCCUGGAUCCUGUCACCAACAUCCGCUUCAAUCGCCUCUUGGCCAGUUAUCUUGCGCUGCCGCCGGCUGACGGAGGACAGGGGGCUGAUGAGGAGGAGGACAUGAUGGCCCAGCGGUCGCUCCACGGCCUCAUCGCCUUCCUUACCCGCCUCUUCCCCUACCUCCCCGACGCUGAGGCCCUGGCGUAUAUUGACGCUGCCGCUGCGGGACCCCUUGUCGCCGCCCUCCUCAUCAUCAACAGGCGCCAGCUCACCAUCGAUUCCUUCAUCACUGCCUCAUCAGUCGAGAUCGCCCUCAGAUCCGCAGCGGUUGCCGCCAAGCACCCAGAUCCGGAGUUGUUCAUCCGAGGGUGGAGGAAGCUGGCUUAUUCACUUAACCCCACCGAGUUCACAAGCCACAGCAGCAGCAGCAAGAAUAAUUGGUUUCAUAAAAGGCUUCUUGGGAUUUGGACCCCAACAGCAACAGAUGAUGAUCUUCAGCUUGACGACUUUUGGAAACUAGCCAAAGAUCGUCUCCCACAUGGGACUGAGAGAGCCCUUCUCCAAGCAGGGAAGCUUCCUUCUGCUCGGGGAGCCAUGAAGCGCAUGCUCCUUUCAAUGAUCCAUGGAUACUACCUCAAGGCGCUGGCCAUUCUGCCUAAGCACGAGCUUACUCAACGCUAUCACCCAAGCUUGCUCAUCGGCGGCCACUGCUAUGGCCCGCUGGACCCUGUCUCUAACAUCAUCGUCAACACCAUCUGGUAUGAGCAAAGCUUUCCCCCACCAAUACAAGUACAGCCGCUAAACAUGAUCAGCACCAAUUGCUUAUGGCGCAUUGCAGCACGUUCACUCUAUGGCCUUGUGUCCUUCCUUUGCAACCGCAAGAAAGACCUCACGCCUGACCAGGCCUUGCAGUACCUGCUGGACGCACGGGCCAAUUUGACUGUCGCUGAUCCUCAACAUCUAAGGGACAACCAUGAUGAUGGCAACAAAACUGGAGGAUGCAGGGGAACCACUGUCCUUGAAGCAUAUUUUGCCGCGGCCCAAUCAGCGAAACACCCCAGGGCAAACUUGCAGGCAGAGUUUCUUGGAGCACCAGAAUCUGUGCGCAAUCUUCUCUCUUUCUCAGAGACGUUGUUGUCGUCUGUGCGUGAUGGUUGCACACUCACAAAAGAAAGUUUUGAUUGCCUCCUCACGCUCUUCUCCUCUGUUGGCAUGGCAUACCCACAACAUGAGGGGCAUCAUCCUGAGAAGCUAAGCCAGGAGAUCUAUCUCCGGACCUGUUCAGCCAAAAAUAGUUUCUGGCUCAAGCACGAGCGAGUCAGAAGCAAGGUGGAAGCUGCACUUCACAAGUUCAACGAGACCACGGUACACAAGUACAACCUUCAUGUUAUCUGUGGUGUUAAUGAGUUUGUUAAGAGAGAGUUCAGCUUGGACCCGGAAGUUCGAGCCUACAAUCCUUGGACCCCUUACAAAUACCAUUACUCCCACAUCAAUUUCUUGGCGACUUGUGAAGGCUCUCUUGCCCCGAAGCUCUUCUUUGCGGAAUGUAGUAAUCAUGGCACCAGCACUUCUUGGUGUGCCCCUGUCCUGCUGCAUCCAGAUGCUGGCAUCUCUCUAGAGGGUAGGCCAGAUGUUGGUAUGCGUCCUGAGGCUGCUCGCUGCAUUUACUGUGAGCAUGAAAAUGGUAGGAUUUGCCAUCCAAUCAGAGAGAAGUUUCAUGGGCGUGAUGAUUUUGAGAUUGCUGGAGACUAUUACUCCAACAACAAGCUGCUGCUUGAUCAUGGUUACAAGGUAGAUUGGGUCCAUGGUGUUGCAGAUGAUGCUAUCUACUCCAAUUUCUGUGCUAGUGAUGAUGGCCAUCGAGGAUUAGCGUUAAUUGAGGACUAGGUGUCUUGGCUUUUGUGGGGGUGGCACAUUGUAUGGUUAUGUAUGGUCUGUAUCCUAAAUGGUGGCCAGCGUCGGCAAAUGAAUGAGGUUGUGGGGGACAUGUCAUCUGCCUCAAUUUUGUGCUGACACCGAUGAUGAUGCAGAAACCAGACGAAUGCUGACUACUACUGCUUGGGUGACGCCAUGCACUGCUAUAUUGCUAGAUAUGUAGUAAGUGCAGACUAUUAUAUUAGCUAUAUAAACACUGUUUAGCUUACGUUGCAUAAAAAAAAUUUAUAUGGCAAUUCUCUUAUAUAUGAAUGAAUGGAUGGAUUAAAAUU